GCUUUUCCGUUUUACGUUCUCAUGUGGUCAGUGAUCAAUGACGAUCUCUAUCAUCAUGGCGGAAGGCGGCGGGCCUCCCGAGCCGAAGGUUCAGAAAAGUCAGGUUUCCUCCGAUUUAAAGAAGGAGCUGAAAAAGGGAGACACAUGGUACCUAGUUGAUGCCAAGUGGUUCAAGCAGUGGAAGAAGUAUGUUGGCUAUGACUCCUGGGAUAUGUACGGCAUGGGGGACCAGGCAACCUUCCCUGGACCCAUCGACAACGCUGCCCUGUAUAAAGAGCCACAGACACCCGACUGCCGACACCUGAAAGAACACCUGAUUGAUGAGCUGGACUACAUGUUGUUGCCCACAGAGGCGUGGGACAAACUGGUCAGCUGGUACGGCAUGGUCAAUGGGCAACAGCCCAUAGCUCGCAAGGUUGUUGAACAUGGGAUGUUUGUGAAGCACUGUAAAGUGGAGGUUUACCUGAUGGAACUGAAGCUGUGUCAGAACGACAACCUGGACAACUGUGUGUCCCAGCAGUUCAGCAAGGCUGACACCAUCGACUACAUAGAGAAAGAGAUGCGGAAGUUGUUUGAGAUCGGGGAUGACAAGGAAACUCGGGUGUGGAACAAGUACAUGUCCAACACUUAUGAACACCUGAACAAACCUGAGAACACAGUGCAAGAUGCAGGGCUAUACCAGGGACAGAUUCUGGUGAUAGAGCAGCAAAACGAAGACGGCACAUGGCCCAGGGGAAAUGUAACCAAUAAGAGCUCUAGCAGUGCCAGGAACAUGGAAAUGGGGACAUAUUCAGCACCAGCAACUAGAAGUGGAGAGGACAGUGAAGAAAACGAGAACGAUGCAGGGAGCUCUAACGAGCCGACGCCCACUAUCGGCACCCCCAAGUCUUCGCCAUAUAUCAACAAGUUGCUUUCCUCCCAAUGCAGUAGCUACAGCAGCACGUAUGACUACAGUUCGGAGAGGGGGCGUGGUCAGGUGCAGCCUGGACUGUGUGGUCUCAGUAACCUAGGCAACACAUGCUUCAUGAACUCAGCAUUACAAUGUUUGAGCAAUGUACCAGUUCUCACAAGAUACUUUCUAGAAAACCAUUACCAAGAGGAACUGAACUCUGAUAACCCUCUGGGAAUGAAGGGAGAGAUAGCCAAGACAUAUGCAGAGCUUAUCAAACAAAUUUGGUCGGGGAAAUAUAGUUACACCAUACCAAGGAACUUUAAGACGGCCGUGGGUCGUUUCGCCCCCCAGUUCUCAGGUUACCAGCAGCAGGACUCCCACGAGCUGCUGGCGUUCUUGCUGGACGGACUGCACGAAGACCUGAACCGCAUCCGCAAGAAACCGUACGUGGAGCUCAGGGACGCAGACGGCAGGCCGGACGAGGAAGUUGCAGAUGAGGCGUGGAAGAACCACCGUCUGCGUAACGACUCCAUCAUAGUAGACACCUUUCACGGUCUGUUCAAGUCCACCCUCGUCUGUCCGGAAUGUUCCAAGAUAUCCAUAACCUUCGACCCCUUCUGCUACCUGUCCCUGCCCCUCCCCAUCAAGAAGGAACGUUUCAUCGAGGUGGUGCUCAUCAGAAUGGACCCUGCAGCUAAGCCUAUGCAGUACAAGUUAUCUGUCCCAAAGAUGGGCACAGUACAGGACCUGUGUGAAGCCCUGUCCAGGCUGACCAAAAUAUCACCAGACAAGAUGGUAGUGACAGAUGUGUACAACCACCGGUUCCACAAGGUGUUUGCCCCUGAUGAAGGACUGUCCCACAUCCUGGACAGGGAUGACAUCUAUGUAUAUGAGGUACCAGUCAACACCUGUGAUGACCCUGACACCCUCAUCCUCCCUGUCUACAUGAGGGAAAGAAAAGUCAGACAAAACCCCUCCUAUAACUACAACAAUGUGAGUACUGUCCUGUUCGGCACACCCCUGCUGGUGCCCAUCCCACGCAAAAACACAACCUACGAGGACCUGUACAGAAUCAUGCUGCAGAAAAUGAGUCGGUACAUCCAGGAGCCAGAGAGCGGUGACGAGUGGUACGGGGAGGAGAUCAAGAACUGUGUCAAGGAUGGGGUUAUAGGUGAUGAUGAUAUGAAGAAUGAUAACAUUGAUGGGGAGGCUGAGAGUGAGGAGGAUAGCCAGGGGAACGACUCGCUCAUGAACGACAACAGCAUGUCUGACGACGAGGUGAACUGUGACAACAGGCCACACAGGAUGUUCACCUUCCACUUGGUCAACUCAUACGGCAGUGCAGAGAUCGAGCAUAUACGUGAUGACGACAGGCCCAUCAAGUUUACAAAUCGUUCUUAUUUAGCUCUUGACUGGGACCCCAAAGCCAAGGAAAAGUACUAUGAUGAGAAACAAGCAGAGGAGUUGGAUGUUGAUGAGACAGUGAACGCCACCCCCAUGAGGAAGCGUCAGGUCAUCAGUCUGAAGGACUGUAUCCAGCUGUUCCUGGUGAAGGAGAAACUGGGCGCUGAUGACCCAUGGUACUGUCCAAGCUGUAAGAAACACCAGCAGGCCACCAAGAAGUUUGACCUGUGGUCCCUCCCCAAGAUCCUGGUCAUCCACCUGAAACGGUUCUCCUACAACCGCUACUGGAGGGACAAACUGGACACUAUGGUCGAGUUUCCUACAAGAGACUUGGACAUGUCAGAGUUCAUCAUCAAUGAUGGUCACGGCUAUGCGACCUAUGACCUCAUUGGAGUAUCCAACCACUACGGAGGCAUGGGAGGGGGGCACUACACAGCCUAUGGUAAGAGCAGGGAGGACACACAGUGGUACUACUUUGAUGACAGUAGUGUUUCUCCUGCCUCAGAGGACCAGUGUGUGUCCAAAGCGGCGUAUGUCCUGUUCUAUGAGCUGAAGGGCUCCAGAUGUGAACGAAGUGAAAAGCAGACCGCCCAGGCUAACAGAAAAUCAGCGGCUGCCUCGCAGUCCUCCGCUAACUGCACGGAAGACAAUGGAACAGCCAGCAGCGGCGAGGACGACUCCAUGGAAAUCAACUAAACACACUCUUACCUUUCAACUCUGCCCUCUGAACUCUGACUCCUUACUUUUAGUACAUUGGUCUCAUGACUGUGAGAUUUAAAGAAAUGGCAUCUCUCAUCAUUGGCUGCCGGUCAUGUGAUAAGCCUCAGAUGAGCCCUGAUUGGUUGGAUCAGGCCAUGUGAUAAGGUUUGAAAUUGUGUAUACUACUAUUACCAUAUGAGUACUGAUGAUGUAAAAGUGUAUGCUGCUAGCUGCUGCUUUGGCACCACAGGGCCACAGUGACAUGUUUUAUUACUAUUAUUACCACUACUACUACAACGCACAGUUUCUUUAGGGAACUCCUGUAGUAAGAUGUUUCUUAAGGCUGUUAUAGCAACUAGUGGCAACUGCACGACACCUCACACCCACUCACCCAAGAUUUUACCCUCUUCUUAAGUAUGGUUUGUGGAGAAGUAUAUAUUAUGCUUUUGGCCAACAAAUUACAAAAAUCAGCAGCUUUUAGGUUUCAUAAGUUGGAAAAUUCUCUAUCCUUACCAAAUGUACUGUUUCUGUAUUAUUAAAAGAGUUGAAAACACUGCAGCUGUGUCUGUGCAAUAUGUAACUCAGAAACUCUCAAUCUCCAUCCUAUUUUGAUAUAAUUCCCACCAUAUAAGACUGUAGCAUUCUGACUCGGAUUUCAAAUAA